AUGUCUACCUUGCGAAAUGCGCCAGCUGGUACACGUCGGGCAUACCCCUUUCGCCCCAGGGUAACAGAGUCCUCACAACCUGACACCUCCUUCAUCCUCAAAGAUCUUGCAGACAAGGUAGCCAAGUUCAAACGGAGCACGGAUACUCUUAGUCCUGUAGAAAUUACAAAUGUCAAACCAAUUGCUUCAUACUCAUGGAUCGAGGCUGCAACGCCAACGAUCGCCGUCCCUGGUUCUCCCAGAGUCUGGUUCACAGGCCCCCAGCGUGUCCCGGCUGACUCUGGAACACGCUUUGUGGACCAAAAUGCUUUCUACAUGCGAAAAAUGUCCCCCCUCAUCCCGCUAUUCGCAGCCAUCGAUGAUAUGAAUCCUAGUUUCUACUACAAGCAGUUUGACUUCAUCACGGACCGCAACAACCUUCGCAAGCUUCUCCGCUGGGCCAGUGGCUCAUCGGAUGAGAAAGACUUCCGCAUCGAUAUCGAUGUAGCGGGCUCGACGUGCUUGUUCACACGCCUUGAGGCACAGAACACGGACACCGUGCAAGGCUUUAUGGGGUAUGGACAUGAGUAUGAAAAAGCUGCCACGAGAGUCACUCGCGGCUGCGAGAGAGCCACUGGACAUCAUCGGAUGAUUUCCAUCGACAUUGGUGAACUGAAGAUUCUCCUUCGUUUCACAAUUGAGGCGUGCACAUCUUCUACCAAUGACACGAACGACGAGGACGACCUCCUAGCAGCCUUCUCAGGCCUGGGUAUUGGCGGAGCGUCUGCCUCCAGCAGCCGGGAUACUAAGAAGCCUCAAGCCACGGUCCCAACCGUCCGUGGCGUUUCCAUCACCCAAACAACUCCACGCAAAGUCGUCCCGCAAUCCUCUCUCAUUGAGCUCAAGACACGCGCUGCCCACCGAGAGCUCGACUGGGCAGAAAUUUAUCCUCAGCUUUAUCUUUCUCAGACAGCAUUCUUGUAUAUCGCGAAGCACGAACGCGGUAACUUCAACACCCUGGAGAAAGUACAGCUUGGCUCGGCGAGCAUGCAGACCCAUGCCCGACGUGCUGAGCAGGGUGUCGCGAAGUUGAAACUCGUGCUUCAGGAUAUCUUAGAUGCUGCGAAAAAGGAAGAUGUGGGGGUAGGCUUGAGUUUGGUGUCAAAGGAUGGCAAGUUGGCAUUGUACAAGCGCCUUGAGGGGACUGGGAAAGGGCCGGGAAAAGAUAUCACAGACAAAUUCAAUUGA